AUGGCUCUUGUGGAUUCACACGCCUCCUUCCGGAGCAGAUGCGUGGAGAUGUGCGGGGGAGACGGGAUGUACCGGAAGCUCGCGGGGAAGGAGAUCAAAUCCUUCUCAGACCUGGCCUUCGCGUGCGGAACCCCGCAGGCCCCUCCGAGUGUCGACGAGUUCCGGGCGUUCAGUGAGGAGAUCCUGGGCCUUGGAGCUAGCUUGGGCGAAACUUCGAAGCUAACUCGCUUGCACUUCGAAGCGGCGACAUACGUCAUCGCUCAGUUGAAGCAACAGGUGGUAGGUGACACCACCGAUGAGCCCAAGCGCCUUCCCUUGGCGGAAAAAGAAGCUCGUUACAGAGAACAGCGGCUACGACUUUCAGGAUUGGUGAUCCAGGACGAGCUGCUUCCAUCGCAUGCCCUGGUGGAUGCUGUGGCCCACAUGUCCGAGACCAACUGCUUGACCUGGUUGUCUCCCAGCAAGUGUACGAAGCGUGAUCAAGAGUUGAAGAUUGGGCCUAAAGAAAAGUCCAGGAUCCUGACCGUGCUGGAUAACUCAGUGACCGUCACGGCCCAGCCAGACAAGCUCAUCGCAGAUCACAGCACACCGCUCCAGCUGCAAUGGUGCUUGCAGCGACGUGGCCUGGCCUUCGACAUGAAUCGCAUUAUCUCCUGGGAGACUCAUGAGAAAUGGGUUUGCUACUUGCUGCAGUGCUUGACCUCUGACUCCAUCCCAGGAUACAGCCAUGUCACUGUCGCCCAGGUCGUUAAAGCCGAUUCUGAGAUGUUCCUGUUGAUGUCCAAGGAAAUCAAGAACGUCAAGGCAAGCGCAACAGGUGAGAUGGAAGCAGACACUCUGUUAGAUCGCUUGAGAACGGACCCACGAAUCACGAUGCAUUUGCUUCCAUUGCCCAAAGCCCUCAGCAGCCUUGCGACUGAUGCGGUCAUCGAUGGAUCUCUUGAUGGGGAUAAGAACCCCAGGAAAAAGCCGCGCCGUGAGCGCCGCACAUCCGCACUCUCAGCCGCGGUGAAGGUGGACAACAUGCCCAAAGAGCUCAAAGACUGCAAGUUCUAUACUGAUCAGUCGGGCCGCCGGCUUUGCUGGACCCACAAUACCGGGACUUGUAAUGCUGCAACGGAUGGAGGACACCCGCCAGCAUGCAAGCGCGGAGUGCACGCCUGCAUGGGAUGCCGGAAAGUUGGCCACGGAUGGUCAGCCUGCUGGUUUAACAAAGCCAACAGCAAAGGCAAAGGCGGGAAAGGCGGAGGAAAAGGAUCCGGGAAGGCUGACGGGAAGGCCGACAAAGAAAGUCGCUCUCCCAAGAGAGUCCGUGCUUCCGGCCACAAAUCGAAUUCAGAUCGGACUGAGACUCCUUGCUAUGACCCGCCACACUUCUUUGGAUAUCGUGAGCCCCAAGAUCAAAUCUUGUUGAGCUCUGAAGUGCGCGAAGAGCCGGCUUUGCAGCAUCGUGAUUCUUCCGAGUGCUCGGCCCAAACCUUCGCUGCCGAUCCUGCUCAUGACCAUUUCGAGGUGAGCCGCUUGCAAUUUUUCUUCACUCCGCAUCACGUGUCAGAUCACGGCCAACACCCGGCUGAAGAGUUCGCGAGAAGUUGUCUUCAGCAAGGCUCAGGCGACUCUUCGUCCUGGAUGGAACUCGCGGAGCUUUUGCCCGACGAGGAAUCCUCCCGUGAGACGGCACAAGACCCACUUGAGAAGUGUUUCAUCACCGGUGCUUACAACCAAGGCGGGAUCACCGGAGUGCGACGUAACUGCCGACAGUUCCCAGCCUGCACCCGUCUGCUGGUUACCCUAGCUAGGAUAGCCUUCCCCGGUUUGACAUUUACAUCUGUUGGCCUUUUCCGCAACAUGCAGACUGCUCUGCAUAAAGACGCCAACAACUUGCCAAGAUCUCGCAACGGGAUCUGCGCCCUCAGCUUUUUCGAAGGAGGUCAGUUGCGCCUUCACCGCGCCGAUGGGCCAGUGAACUUGUCACUCAGCGAAGGACCGCUUCAGUUCGACCCCUUUCUCGAGCACGAGACACUGCCUUGGUCUAAUGGUUCUAGGAUAGUCUUGGUUGCCUUUUCGGUGAACUGCCUUGAGCGCCUCACGCCGGAGCAUCGAGCAGUGCUUGCUGCAUUCGACUUUCGUCUGCCGCUUUCUAAGGACCAGUCUGAGGUCGCAUCGCAGGUUUCCCAGGCCGACUCUCGGCCGGCUUCGCAAUUACCUCAGACCGAUGAAGAGGCUGGCAUGUUCCUUGAGUUGUUCGCCGGCACCGCCCGAUUGAGUCAGGCAUUCACGCGCUUAGGUUUCCAAGCUCUGGCUUUUGAUAAGGUCUGCAGGUCCAGCCAUCCCGUUCAGGCGCUCGAUUUCGCUGAUCGGUCUGAAUGCGAGGUCGUGCUGCAACUAAUCCAGGACCAUGCCUCUUCCUUGCAGUAUGUGCACCUGGCUCCACCUCAGGAGACCUGCUUGGCUGCCCGAAACAAAGAAUCUGCGACUAACCCGGCCCCUCCGGCCCGGUCAGCCGCGCAGCCCUUAGGUUUGGAAGGAUUGCCAGAGUCGUUGCAAAGGCAAGUCACUGAAGCCAACGACCUUUACAUGUUCAGUCAUGAUGUGUUCAUGCUGUGUCGGAAGUUCAAUAUUGUAGUCAGUGUGGAGGCUCCCGCCUCCUCUCUCUUUUGGCUUCUACCAAUGAUUCAGGACCUCUUGUCCUGUGCCGAUAAUCAGGUCGUGGAUUUUCACGAGUGCAUGCAUGGCGGUGAUCGAGAUCGAAAGCUGCGCUGGCUUUGCUCGGCUCCAUGGUUCAAGCCCUUGGGGCUCUCGUGUAACCGCAUGCACCCGCAUGCGCCCUGGAACGCAGCUUCCGAUACAGGAACCAAAGGUGCAUAUCCACCUCUCUUGUGCGCUAGAAUCGCCGAGUUGGUUGCUUCUCAGGUCUGCAGUCUUCCUGCUGCCCCAUCUUUGUUCGGGCCGGCCAGCUCCGUCACACGGCUGGCUUAUGAGAAACAACCCCGUAAGCACCGGGCCUUAGUCAGUGAGUUCGGCGCUUAUGAUGCUUGGGCUGUGCCGCUGGGCUUCACUGCCUGUCCGCCCGCCUUGCUGAAAGCGUACCCUAAAGGUGCUCGUGCUGUUCGUCGCAAGCUUUUGCAUUGGGGUCAGAUAAGGGCUUGCGUUCUCCCUAGCCUUGAUUUCGCUUUGCUUGAAUCUAAUUUGGGAUCCAACUGGAAAUGGAGUAUGGACUCGCAUGCUCCCCCUCUCGAAGAAGAGGACCAGCCCAUUUGCAAAGUUUGUGGAUUCAUGAGUGACUCGACCUUUGAAGAUUUGUGCGAGGUACUCUGGAUAGGCAUUCCCCGCUCUCCGUCAGACUUCGUGCAGCAAGCAGUGUUGGCGGGCCACCCAAAAAGGAUACUUGAGAAUCAGAUCGACGAGCGAACCAAGCUCCUUGUAGAUAACCUUUUGACCGGACGCGCAGCCUGCGAGGACCUGGGGAAAUCGCGACUAGCAGAGUGGAACGAAAUCGCUAAGGAACUCGAGCCUGUGGAGGAACAGGCUCAGAAAUCACUGGAUCCUUUAGUGAGCAAAAUCAUCGACGGGAAGAAAACCUUCCUACUCGAAAGGUUGCUUGCCGACUCAUCUUUUCCAGACAAGUCCUUAGUCCCCGACCUUAGGAAGGGUUUUCCGCUGACCGGAUGGAUGCCUAGAACUGGGUUGUUCGUUGGCGAACCUCGCCCCCCUAAGACCAGCCUUGACAAACAGCUUAGAUGUGCUUCAGCCAGGAAUGCCGCUACGCUGGCCAGAGUCUCUUCUCAGCCUGUUGAUGCUGUCGCUGAAAAGGCCUGGUCCGAAACGCUCGAGGAACAGCAGAAAGGCUGGCUGUUUGAGGACCCAGCUCCGGACCUUUCGUCUGUCUUAGUGGCCCGAAGGUUCGGUAUCAUCCAAGGCGCCAAGACCAGAGUGAUAGAUGACGGGAAGGCAGCCGGGAUCAAUCAGACCGUUGGGUUGCCCGAACGUUUCAGGCUACACAGCAUCGAUUUCAUCUCGGCCUUCCUUGUCUGGGCCAUGAUGGACCCACGGGCCAAAGGGAAACAGGUGUCGGGAAAAACCAUUGAUUUAAAAUGGGCAUACAAACAGUACGCUGUCAAUCCCUCUGAUCGGGAAAUCUUCCGAAUCGUUGUACUUGAUACGUGUUCGAGGAAACCCAAAUUCUUCGGAGCGGCAGCACUCCCCUUCGGAACGACGGGAUCCGUGGCAGGAUUCCUGAGAACGUCUGCUGCCACGUGGCAUAUCGGCUCAGCCCUGCUGGGCCUCUCCUGGUGCAAUUAUUUUGACGACUUUCCUCUUUUCAGUUUGGACGAGCACUGUCCUUGUGCCGAAUCUUGUGCGGAGGCCCUGCUAGACAUCCUCGGAAUAACUUUCGCAAAGGAAGGGAAGAAAGCCACCGAGUUCUCCAAGCAAUGUCGGGCCCUUGGCCUGAUUAUUGAUCUGAGUGAAUUCGGAAAUGGAGUCGUGUACAUCAAGCACACGCCAGAGCGCAUUCAGGAAUUGAGGCAGACCCUCACACGUAUUCUUGAAUCCGGCUUGCUUGAGUCGUCGGAAGCCGAAGCCCUUCGAGGCAGACUCCAUUGGUUCAGCUCUUUCCUUUUCGGCCGCCGGCCCUGCCAAGCCUUGAGAGUCUUAGGUCUUAGGGCUAAAGGUUUGGAUAGAGGUAGGAAGCUGAGCAGUGACCUUCGUGAUGCUCUCACGUACCUGCGUGAUCGAGCUCUGGAGUCGCCACCUGUGCAGCUCACGCCUGACAUCAAAGAAACCUUUUACGUCUUCACUGACGGAAGCCUCGAGGGAGAAGUAGCCGGCGUGGGCGGCAUUUUGUACGACCCACUCGGUAAACCUCUUUCUUUCUUUGCAGCCAGCCUUCCACUUGAUGCUCUGAACAGACUCAAGGAAACUUCGAGCCACCCAAUCUACGAGAUUGAGUUGCUGGCCAUCUGGGCCGCUUUAAAGCUGUGGAUGAACCGACUUACCCGUUGCCUAGUAGUGGUUUACCUUGACAACGAAGCUGCGAAGGGAGCCUUGGUAUCAGGGAAGUCGUCGACCCUUCCUGGUCAGUCCAUAGUGAGUUCGGUUCUCGACUUAGAGGACUCAGCAAGGAUCCGUCCGUGGUAUGGCCGAGUGCCAACCAGCUCUAAUCCAGCAGACGAGCCCAGUCGAAGUGUCUUCGGUCAUUUACUGAGGGAAGGAGUGCAAAGGCUUCAAGCUCCGUGCGCUUGGCCGGUUUGA